UAUCAACAAUAGAAUGCAAAGGCUAUGACACCAAGAAAAGCAACAAUGAAAAGAGUUCCAAACAUAAUAUGCUAAUAAACUAUACCAAUCAUCAAGCUUCAUCUCUCUCCUAAUCCAAAACCUCACUCUUUUUCCCUUUUCUUUUAACUAUCACUAUUAUCUUCUCCAUUGAGCUUCUCAUGAAUCAUAUAACCCUACAACCUUAUUACUUUCCUUAGCAUAUAAAAUCACACUCCUCAUCCAAAACCACUCAUUUCACUUUCUUCCUCACUUCAAUUCAAUGGGUCAUUUUUUGUUCAACUUCAUCCUCUUCAUCUUUCUAUUAUCAUGGACUUCUCCAUUAGCACAUUCUAGAAACACACCACACAAUGCCAAAACAACAUUGCUUAAUGUUGUUUCUUCCAUUCAAAAAACAUAUCAAGUUCUCAACUUUAACCCAAACCUUAAACAACAACAAAAGGGUUCUUCUGUUUUUUCUUCUUCUUCGUCGUCACAUUUUUCUAUGCAACUUCAUUCAAGAGCUUCCAUUCAUCAACCUUCACAUGCUGACUACAAAUCUCUAACAUUAUCCAGACUCGACCUCGACUCAGUCCGAGUCAACUCCAUACUCACUCAGCUAGAUCCAAAUUUCAACCCAGAGAAGCUUUCCGGACCCAUUAUCUCCGGAACGAGUCAAGGAAGCGGCGAGUAUUUCUCCAGAAUCGGAAUCGGUGAGCCACCGAGUCAAGCUUACGUGGUACUCGACACAGGCAGUGACAUAAGCUGGGUCCAAUGCGCACCUUGCGCCGACUGCUACCGGCAAGCCGAUCCUAUUUUUGAGCCGGCUUCAUCGGCUUCUUACACGCCGAUCACUUGUAAAGCCAAUCAAUGCAAAUGGCUCGACCAAUCUCAGUGUCACAACGGUAACUGCCUCUAUGAAGUUUCCUACGGCGACGGCUCAUACACCGUCGGUGACUUCGUUACAGAGACGGUUACAAUCGGAGCUACUUCCGUUCGGAAUAUAGCCAUCGGCUGCGGUCAUAAUAACGAAGGCUUAUUCGUCGGUGCAGCCGGUUUACUCGGCUUAGGUGGCGGCCCGCUUUCUUUUCCGGCUCAGCUCAAUUCGACGUCGUUUUCAUACUGUCUCGUCGAUCGUGACUCCGACUUAGUCUCAACGCUAGAAUUCGACUCUCCGUUUUCUCGUGACGCCGUCACCGCAUCGUUAAAGCGUAAUCCCGAGAUGAACACGUUUUACUUUGUUGGACUCGUCGGAAUAAGCGUCGGCGGGGUGUUACUUCCGAUUCCGGAAACUAGUUUCAUGGUGGAUUCUACGGAGAGUGGAGGUGUCAUUGUGGAUUCCGGCACGGCGGUGACACGGUUGCAGAGCGAUGUGUAUAGUGUCGUACGUGACGCGUUUGUGAGGGGGACGAGGGAUUUACCGGCAGCGAACGACAUGUCGUUGUUUGAUACUUGCUACGAUUUGUCGUCGAGGUCAAGCGUGGAGGUUCCGACGGUGGCGUUUCAUUUUGGGGAAGGGAAAGUGUUGGUGCUACCGGCGAAGAAUUACCUGGUACCGGUUGAUUCGGUGGGGACGUUUUGUUUUGCGUUUGCUCCAACGACGUCGUCUUUGUCGAUUAUUGGGAAUAUUCAGCAGCAAGGGACACGUGUGAGUUUUGACCUGGUGAACUCGGUAAUUGGAUUUUCACCCAACAGUUGUUAAUUGGUUUUGAUUGGUUACAAAUGUAACCGUUACAUAGGAUACGAUGUGUUUACUGUUAUGCAUUUUCAUUUUCAUUUUCAUUUUCAUUUUCAUUUUCACGUGUUACUGUAAUGAGUAGGGGUCCAUUUGGACAAGGUUGCAACAAUGUUUGCAGGACCAGCUAAAAUGUCUCUCUCCUUUGUUAUAUUUUAAAAUGUGUUAAUGUUAUUUAUUAAGGAUAUUCAUGAAAUAAUUAAUGAAUUCUUCCAAA